CUGAGGUCACCGGGCAGCUGCGAGCUCAACCACCCCGCGGGAGCCGAGCUCCCGCUCGAGUGCGCCGGGAGCGGCAGGGAAAUGGGAGGUGGGGGUUGUAUCUGAACCAGUUGGGAAGAAUGACUCUGGAGUCCAUCAUGGCGUGCUGCCUGAGUGAGGAAGCCAAGGAAGCCCGGCGGAUCAACGACGAGAUCGAGCGGCAGCUGCGCCGGGACAAGCGGGACGCCCGCCGGGAGUUGAAGCUGCUGCUGCUGGGCACAGGAGAGAGUGGCAAAAGCACGUUUAUCAAGCAGAUGAGAAUCAUUCAUGGAUCAGGUUACUCUGAUGAAGACAAAAGGGGCUUUACAAAACUGGUGUACCAGAAUAUAUUUACAGCAAUGCAGGCCAUGAUCAGAGCCAUGGAUACCCUCAAAAUCCCGUACAAAUAUGAACAUAACAAGGCUCAUGCACAGUUGGUUCGAGAAGUCGAUGUGGAGAAGGUGUCAACUUUUGAGAACCCAUAUGUAGAUGCAAUAAGAAGCUUAUGGAAUGACCCUGGAAUUCAGGAGUGUUAUGAUAGACGACGGGAAUAUCAGUUAUCAGAUUCAACUAAAUACUAUCUUAACGACCUGGACCGCAUAGCGGAUUCCACCUAUCUGCCAACCCAGCAAGAUGUGCUCAGAGUUCGAGUCCCAACAACAGGGAUCAUUGAAUAUCCAUUUGACUUACAAAGUGUCAUUUUCAGAAUGGUGGAUGUAGGAGGCCAACGAUCGGAAAGAAGAAAAUGGAUACAUUGCUUUGAAAAUGUCACAUCUAUCAUGUUCCUAGUAGCUCUUAGUGAAUAUGAUCAAGUGCUUGUGGAGUCAGACAAUGAGAAUCGAAUGGAAGAAAGCAAAGCACUCUUCAGGACAAUUAUCACAUAUCCGUGGUUCCAGAACUCUUCAGUCAUUCUGUUCUUAAAUAAAAAAGAUCUUUUAGAGGAGAAAAUUAUGUAUUCCCAUCUAGUUGAUUAUUUUCCAGAGUAUGAUGGACCACAACGGGAUGCGCAAGCAGCACGAGAGUUCAUCUUGAAGAUGUUCGUAGACCUGAAUCCAGAUAGUGACAAAAUUAUCUACUCCCACUUCACAUGCGCUACAGACACAGAGAAUAUCCGCUUCGUCUUUGCUGCUGUCAAGGACACGAUCCUACAGUUAAACCUGAAGGAGUACAACCUGGUCUAACUGUGCCUAGAAGGCCCUCCGAAACCAACUUUGUGUGAUUGAAGAUAACACGAGAGGGACUGUAUUAUCUGUGAAACAAUUUGCAUAAUACUAAUUUAUUGCUGGCCUGGACUCUGUGAAUGUCCACAGAGUUUGUAGUUAAUAUUAUGAUUUUAUUUAAACUAUAUGGAGGAAAAACAAAAGAUGCUGAAGUACAUUCACAGCACAUUUCCUCAUUUUUUAGGCAAAACCUUGUGACUCAAUGUGUUUUAAAUUCUCAGUCUAACAUUUACACAGGAUAGCAGUUUUUUUGCUAAUGAAGCAAAAUCAAGCUGGUUUUCUCCUUCCCUGACCCUUUCUCUCUCAUGCCUUCCCCUCCCCUCCGAUCUUUUACCAGGUACAAUGGCCUUUUUUCCCAGUUGCAUUCCUGGGUGAAAUAUUUUCUGUUGAGUUAUUUGGUCAGGAAAAUACUAUCAAUCAGAAUUUAAGUCAUCAGUCAUUCUAGUUCUACCUUAUGUACUCUCUCUGUAGGAUAAAAAGCAUUGCUACUUUGUUUUUUUAAAUUCUUGACAUGGGUGUCUUUGUUCUGUCUUUACUUUGAGACUGGGAUAUUGGGAUUGCAAAAUAGAAUUACAGUUGUCUGUGGAUAUUAAAUUUAACCGUAUUUUCACAGUUUGGAAAGGUGCACAGAAGACAGUAAUGAAAUAAUUUAAGACACAAUCUGGGGCAUACAUGAAAUAUGUUAGAAUCUUUUUAAUUGUCAUGUGCCAUUUUUUUCUCUUCUUUUGUUCACAAAUGCCAGAUUGACAUGUCAUAGACACUACAUUUUCCCCAGUGGCUGCAGCCUGAAACAGUGGGGCUUUUUUUCAGUUGUGUGGGGAUUUUUUUCUUAAGUUAGAGCUUGUUUAAGUGUUCUUUUUCCACAGUAGAAAAAUCCUUUUUAUUGUAUAAAAUUGAUGUUGCCAAAUCUGGCUUUUUAUAAAACCAGUGCUCUUGAAAUGUAAGAUACUGAUUGAAAUGCCAGACUGAUGGGUUAGGAAAUGACCUGCUUGAGUCAACUGCCAAAUGAUAAACAAAUACAGCUUCAGCUUGUAUGUUCCCUUUUUUAGAAAGUAUUCAAUUUUCUAAUGCCAAAACCAACAGUGUGAGUGGCUAAGCUACAAGGUGCACCAUGCACAGGCUUGUGGUCUACUAAUUUAAAGGCAGUUUAAAUCUCUCCAUAGAGAUUGUUUUCUGUAACACUAUCAAGGCACCUUUAGUUGUAUAACAAGAAAUUAUUGAUGAGAGAUCACAUUCAGGAAUCUUUCUUUGUAAGGUUGCUUGUUAACUAACUAAUUCACAGACAUUUGAUAGGUAUUCAUGCAAAAUAGCCUCUCUCAAAGUUCUUCAGAAAACAUUUUUUUAAUGUAAAUGAAACAGUGAGAAAAUCAUUCUUGAAAUUUUAAUGUGCAAUUUUUUGACAACAAAAACGCAGCACACAUUGACGAGCCUUUAUUCUGCAGCUUAGGUUGAAAGGUGUUUUUUGGCUAGGUGCAUGACUGCUAGCAAGCUAUGGAAAACUCUGGAGUUCAGAUGUGUAAUUGGAUUAUCUGUGGCACUAGAGUGCACUUAACACAGAAAUUGCUGCCUCAUAGCAGUGGAAGGGAGAUGAAGAAAAGAAUGGCUUAUUAGUUGUUUACUGAAGUUAACAAUAAAUACUAAUGACACGUUUGUCAUCCAUAACCCUCCCAACUCCAAAACAACAAUACAAGCAGUUGCUAUUUUUGCUCUCUCUUAAAACACCUUGUAAUUUAAAACUGGUUGUAGGUAUAGUGCAAUUAUGAAUGCUAUAAUCAUUGUACAUACAUCUAUAUAUAUAUAUGGCAGCAUCCAUAUUGGCUUUGUAAUCAUUAAUUUUUGGCAAAUUGAAUGUGCUGUAUUGAUAUGUAUCUAUGUAAUUGUAUUGUAUGUCUUAUACCUAAUUCACAUUUUAAAUAAUGUUAUUUUAUUUACUUUUUUAAGAGAGAAGAAUGUAAAUUUUGUCAGUUUAUUUCUGACUAGGGAUUUGUUGUUGUUUUUUAUUUACAAAUCAAAGAAAAAAUUUACUAUAGUACAGAGCGGUACUAGCAUUGUGCUGUGUAAAAUCAUUUGCACAUUCCUGAAUAGACACCCAGACAGAGGCCAUUCACAUUCAAAGUAUCGCUACAGUCUUGUGAGGGCUUUAUACAGGUGUAAAAACCAGUUUUCUUAGAAGAGUGUAAUGCCGUUGUAUCCAGGAUUGGAACAUCAGCUUUUAAAUAUAAAGUUAAUUUAUGUUUGGCAGAUUCACGUUAGGUUACUUCUGCUUUUCUAAUAGGCUUUAUUAGAAAAGUAAGAUUAGUUCAAACCAUUGUACCUAAGUACCAAUGAGUACACGCUGUUGUCCUAAACAUGCCAUGAAAAAUUACAGAGCAUCAGAUCAAACAGUCCUUCAGAAACCUUGGAUAUAACAACAACCUAAAAGUCACUAUUGUUAAUGAGUUUAAGGAGUUAACACAUUUUAUUUAAUAAAGCGAAAGCAGUUAGAACUAGGUUAUAAAAAGUGACACUGACAUUCUGAAUAGGGGAUCAGAGCAGUGACUCUUACAUGUACAGCAUAACAAAAUUGGUCCUGAUCUUGCUAUAAACGCAACAGAACUUCUGUUUUCACAGUUCCACUGUCAGUAAUAUUCCUUCUCCUAACCGGGGGAAUGCAUUAACCACACUGGAUUCCGUGCUUUAAAUGGAACUGUAGCCAAAACAAAAAAAAAAAAAAAAAAAAAAAAAGAAAAAGAAAAAGAAACCAAAAAAAACCAAAAACCCAAACCAGACAAUGAUGUCUAACAAAGGGUUGGGCUUGUUUGGAUUUUUUUUUUUUAAUUUGUUUUCUUUACUUAGGAGAUAUUGGGUGGGGGGGAGAAGGAAACAUGGUUCUGAGAUUUGUAGAAAAACAAAAGUUUACUCAUGCUUUACAGUUACAUUGUCAGUGCAAAAGUUUUCAAGAGCGCGUGCCACUGGGCUGCUUCCGGUAUAUUCUAGGUAAGUUGAACCUGUGGCAAUGUUCAGAUCAUUUGGGCAUGUUCUGCAGGAAAAAAAAAAAAGAAAUUGGGUAUGUCAAGGCAAGCUUUACAUGAAUCACCUGACACAGCAUUGCAGUGUGACAGUUUACAAAAACAUUUCCUUUCUAAAUGACACAGCUGUUCCCACUUGCAGUAUAUUCCAUUGUGGUGGUAGUGGUGGUGGUGUUGCUGUUGUUUUAAUCGGUGGUUUCUACUAUGCCUUAUAGUGCUUGAGUCCACAAGUUUGUGCCUCCUAACAUGAAACUGAAGGCAAAAACAUCCAAGACAAGAAAUCCUUUUAACUUUGCCAAAAUUGUGUGAUUUCUUUGAAUGUCAUAAGUGGGGGAGGAGGGAAGGAAAACGUCUUGGGAACCUGUGUAUUCUAGAUGUUCACUAGCACAAAAAAGCUGUAAUACGUGUUUUACAGAAACCUUAAGCUUGCCUUUUUCACAGAGUAACUGGCGCUGUCCUUACAUACAUAGGAUGAUGCAGCUAUAAGGGCAGUUUACUUUUUGUAAUUCAGACUCUUUUGAUUAUCAAGGUGUAUGGACUGUAAUUUUUAAUCAUACUGCCACAUGAUUGUGAAUCACAUUUUUAAGUUUCAAAGUGGAGAAGAGACUUUUUAUGCUGGAUAUCAGUCAGAGUUGACUGCAUGACUUGCAAAAACUUUAAGCAGGGGGAAAAGGGCUGCAUCUAAAGACAUUGCUAGACUCCCAGCCUUUGGUCGUAAGGUGCAGAAGACUUUCCGAUUACUCAACCUCACGACCCUUUCCUUAUUACAUAUUCGUCACAAAAGAAUGAAAUAUUAGGAGAAAACAAAGACAUAUUACCCACAUAAAAAAAUAUAAAAUUUAGCCAAGUAGUUUAUUUUAUGUGCUGCUGUUCUUGGAACUCUGUGCAUGAUUAUCCUGCAGGCUGUUGCGAUAGUGACCUAACGAAGCGUGCACAGCAUAUUAACAAGGCCUACAAAUGACCUACCUCUAGCUAAGAGACCAGUAAAGUAGCUAUGUUUUGGAGAGACGAUCACAAUUUAGGAAACUCAAAUGUCCUGGUGUAGGUAAUAAACUAUGGUAUUUUAGAAAGUCACACUUUUGUAAAUAUGGUCCCUCUUUGGACAUAAACCGUAAAUUCUCAAUUCAGUGUACAUUAAACAACUAAAGCAUCUGUCCCUGUCCAGUUUGUUUGUUUAGUAGAGAUUUUGCAAAAAACAUACCUUUAGUUUGAGAAGAGGAGCUACCAGUAUUUCCUCUUUUGGGCUUUUAGUUACCCAUAACAUUUUGAGUUUUAGCAGUCAAACCAGAAACAUUUCUGCAUAGUCAGGAGUACAUUGAGGGUCACUAUUUAGCUAGUUAAAGGAAUUUUCACUCAAGCUUUUUCACAGCAGCUGUGCUGCAGGGAAGGAAGGAAGGAAUAGAAGGGGAUUUGGAAGAGUGUGAAAAAUGUAAAGUCAAAUGGAUCUUGCUGUAAAUCUGUUGGUUUGUUUCUCUUCUGUCAAAAUACAGUCUAAGCUGAAGUCUGUUGCUGGAUUCCUCAUUUGCCAUGCUGCAGGAAAUCCUUAUUUGACCUUUUUUUUUCCUUUGGGCUGGGCAGGGAUGUCUCAGAUACAUUUUUAAACUUGCAGUAUUUAAAAAUAAAGAUCAUAUUUGCUGUUCUUAAAGUGUCAUUUAAAUGCAUGUACUGUGUGUUGUUUGAAG